UAGAGCUUGAACAAGUUAUCCGUAAACACCGACUUUCGGAUGAGAGUUAUGAAGUCUUUUAUUAAGUGGAAGAAUUUACUUCUUGGGAUAACACUCAGGAGAGGUACGACUCUAUCUGUCAGCAAAUUUCCUUCCUUCCACCUUGAGGAUAAGGUGGCACUUCUUGGGGAGGGUAUUAAUGGACCCGUGGUAUCUCAACAAAUCAAAAGAGGGAGGGGUAGAAAAGGGAAUUAUUAAAAGCAACAGGUGGCAGAAUUAGUUACAAAGAAUCCCAGUGUGUUGGUAAUAAAAAUGAGAGACGUGAGGUGUAGAGGGCAUUAUGUAUUUUCUGGGUGAAUAGUGUUUGGAGGUACUGCCCUCAAAGUCCAACUGUUAUUUUGCUUGUGGGUCGUAAUUAUUUGUUCCUUUUGUUGAUGAACUAUUAUUCUAUUGAAUAUCAAUAUAAUCUGUCAUUUUCUUCUGGUUUGUUCCAUUUUUAUUUUUGUUAUUGCUUGAUUGAUUAAUUGAAUGGGUCAUUAUGCGUGUUGAGUUACUGAGUGAGAGAGAGGAAGUGAAUUGGAUUAAUUUAUAGAAGCCAGUAUUCAUCACCCGUGCCAUUAACAAAAUUUAUCUUCUCCUCUGCCAACCUUGUUUUUGUCAUGCAGCUUGGCUUUGCCAUACUUUGCGCUGGCUCUGUUCGUGCCAAAAACACAAUCAUGCUCACCAAUGUCCUUCACGCCGCCACAGGUGGCCUUUUUUAUUGUGUUUUUGGCUUUGCUUUUGCGUUUGGUUCUCCCUCCAGUGGUUUCAUUGGGGUAAUUGAUUUUGCAGGUUUCGGAGUCGUUCACAUGGUUGGAGGCAAUGCCAGUUUUUGGGGUGCUUUCAUUGUAGGCUUUCGUAUUGGUAGAUUCAAUCAUGCUGAUCAACCUGUAGCUUCACGUGGACACAACAGUACACUUGUUGUUCUAGGUUCAUCCUGUUAUGGUUCGGAUGGUAUUGAUUCAAUCCUGGUUCCUUUUUGAAGAUUUUAAAAACUUGAGAAAGUGGGUCUUACUAUGGUCAAUGGAGUGCAAUUGGAAGAACAUCUAUCACAACACUUGCUAGAUGCUCAGCUGCACUCACCACUCUUUUUGGCAAAUGUUUACUUGCAAGUCACUGGAACGUCAUUGAGUUUGU